AUCCUGGCUCCUCCUCCUCUGUGGUGGUGCACGGUCAUGUGACACGUGCUGCCUCUCUGUCGUCAGCUGCAGUUACAGAGAAGUUGGCGAAGCUUAAAAGUUUCUUUGACACAUUCUUUCUCUCAAACCAAGCAGCGCCAUGGCGGAACUAAGUUUCGUGAUCACCAUGUCCGUGGUGACUCUGUUCUGGUUGCUUGUCGGAGGAGUAGUUCCGCUGUUUAUCCCCAAAGGACCAAACCGAGGAGUCAUCGUCACAAUGCUGGUGUUAACUUCGGUCUGCUGCUACCUGUUCUGGUUAAUAGCCAUCCUGGCUCAGCUGAACCCGCUGUUUGGACCUUCUCUGUCCACGGACACCAUCUGGUACCUGAGGUAUCACUGGCCUUAAACUACUCUUCCCGGACUCCUGACCAUGCAGGGGACGACCUGAUGCUCACUCCAUGCAGACUUGAUUCCUUCUGAAUCGCCUUAAACUCAGAUCCCUGUGUGAUUAUCGAGUGGUGCCUCCACUGGUGCCUUGUACAAAAAUGAUUCCCAAAGAACUUCUCAGAGGCCUCACUGAAUGUGCUUUACUUUGAAUGAGAUGGAAGUGUCCUUCCAUUGCUGUUGUUUGGUUGUGUGUGAUGUGUGUUGUUGAUAGAAAUGAUCUUAACUUUAAAUAGCUGUUGUGCAAUGUGUUUGCUGUGUCUGUUUAUAUUGCCGAUGGCUGUAAUACAUGUGAUUGUUGUUAAUUAAUAAAGUAAUAAUCAACUGUA